AUGAUUGGAGGCUUUUACGACCUGAUGCCGACGCGGUCUACCAGUUUCCCGUCAGCCAUUUGCUUGGCUACUCUGAUCCUGUUUACUGCAGCAAUCAAUAGAAUCUGGUGGCAGCCCUGGCAGUUUACGAACCAGAAUGCGAAGCGUCGCGUCGUGCUGGCAAAAGCGACACAUGGCGCCAACAGACUAGAUUGCGAUAUGCAUAUACGCGACAAUGGGCAUCCAUACAGUUUCGCACUCAUUGUUUGCAAGCAGCCAAACGUGCCAUGGACAAACCGGGUGCUGAUGGACCUCGCAAGACAA